AUGGCUGCUUUCAGGCUCUUCUUAUUCUUCUUUUUCCUCCUCUUUUAUCUUCAACCAUCAAGAAGCCAUGAAAGUUGCCAUCCUGGCUGCGACUUACUGGUGCCAAUUCACUUCCCUUUCCAGAUGAUGAGGAACCCACCCGAGAACCGAUGUGGCUAUGACGGCUUCACUGUUACAUGUAAAAACGAAACCCGAAACAUCAUAACGUUCCCAUUCUCCGGCGAUUUCGUAAUCGAUUCCAUCUCCUAUUUCUCGCAACGUAUUUCGAUAACCGACCCCGGUAAUUGCAUUGCGAGACGUCUUCUUCAAGGAUUUAAUUACUCGGACACUCCUUUUCAGACACUUGACACCCGAAAUUUCACGUUCUUCAACUGUACAUCCGAUGCGCCGGUUUUCCAAAGUCCCGGCGGAGUAUCGCCGAUUCCUUGUCUCAGCAGUGAAAGUCAUUCCUUUGUGGCCUUACCUACUAAACGUGUGGGUGCCUCCAAUACGUCGAGCUGCACGGAGGUAGUCACGUUUAUGCACCCGAGUUUGGAUGACUCCAUUAAGGAUUCUAUUUUGUUAACAUGGAAAGAACCAGAUUGUGGAAGGUGUGAAAGUGAUGGAGGGUUUUGCCAGUACAGGUAUGAUACAAGUUCGGAGGUGAGCUGCUUCACACCUUUCGACUAUGGAUUACCAAAAUAUGAAAGAUACACAGUGUUUGUAAUCGUGAGCACUGGCUUAUGCAUCGUUUUGUUCAUAAUCAUCAUUCGUCGUAAGAUCCGAUCUCAAGGCGAAGAAUCCGAAACUGAAAUCUCAAGGUCUACUAAUACCUCCCAAUUAGAAAAUGUUGCCGCUAAAGGUCUUGACAGUCCGACAAUCAAGAUGUAUCCAACGACGGUGGUCGAUGAAAGUCUGCAAUUACCUAAACCUACUGAUAACGUUUGCCCAAUAUGCCUGUUGGAGUACAAAGCCAAUGACAUAUUAAGAACCAUACCGAGUUGCGCGCAUUACUUUCAUGUGCAUUGUAUCGACGAGUGGCUUAAACGAAAUGCAACAUGCCCUCUAUGUCGCAAUUAA